AUCCCUUCCCCCUCUGCCAAUUCCGGAAGGGAACCCUGUUACAAUUUCUUUCAAAUUGAAGCGUAGGACUUAUUUUACCAACACAAUCCGGAAUAGUCAACAUGGCGGCGCCCGUAAGAUACCUCAGUAGAGUCUUGAUACAUCAAAGGCGUAGCAUCUCUAAGAUGGCCUAUCAGACACCUCUUCAUCCUUGUUCUGCAGGCAUUCAGGUGCCCAGUAGACAUUUUGCUGCUGCUAGGAAGCCUGAAAAGAAAACAAAAAAAGGUACCAAAGGAAAAACAUCAGACGAAAAAAAAGAUGAGAUAGAAAAAAUAAAGUCAUAUCCCUUUAUGGAAGGUGAACCUGAGGAUGACGUCUACUUAAAACGCUUAUAUCCAAGGCAGAUAUACGAAGUGGAGAAAGCUAUUCAUUUACUUAAGAAAUUUCAAAUUCUGGACUUUACGAAUCCAACACAAGGAGUUUAUCUUGAUUUGACACUGGAUAUGGCACUGGGGAAGAAGAAAAAAGUGGAGCCAUUUGCCAGUGUUCUUAGGUUGCCGUACCCAUUCAUUUCAGAAGUCAAUAAAGUUGCUGUAUUUACAGGGAGUGCAUCAGAGAUUAAAAUAGCAGAAGAAAAUGGAGCUGCAUAUGCAGGAGGAACUAAUCUCAUUCAGAAGAUUUUGGAUGAUGAGAUUCAAUCAGACUUUUAUGUAGCUGUUCCAGAAAUAAUGCCCGAGCUUAAUCCUUUAAGGAAGAAACUGAAGAAAAGAUUUCCAAAGCUUACUCGAAAUUCCAUUGGCCGUGACAUCCCCAAAAUGCUUGAGUUAUUUAAAACUGGACAUGAAAUUAAGGUAGAUGAAGAAAGGGAAAACUUUCUCGAAACCAAAAUAGCAACCCUGAAUAUGUCAAGUGACGAGAUAGCUGCCAAUCUGCAGGCUGUUAUCAGUGAAGUUUGUAGGCACAGACCACUGGAUUUGGGACCCUUUGUGAUCCGAGCUUUCCUUCGUAGUUCAACAAGUGAAGGUUUAUUACUAAAGAUCGAGCCAUUGUUGCCUAAAGAGGUAGAAACCAAAGAAAAUAACAAAGAAGCUGCCUGAAACUGUUGUAUUGUGAAGUUUUUUUUAAGUGGAUUAAGGAGAAACAAAAUUAUAAAACUGUAAUUUCUACAUUUGGUGUCUUGUUAUUUCUUGAUCAUCAUACUUAAAAGUGUAUUUUCACACUGGAAAAUCUGACAACACUUUCAACAAUAAGAAAAUAAGAUACUGUCUAUGUUUGAAACUACCUUUUAGAUCCUAUUAAAUCUCCUUUCUUAGAAUUCAUAUUUUACAUGCUGAAAUUAUAGCAGCAAUUUCUAGCUUAAUAACCUUCCCUCGAGAACUACACCAUCUGAGGGAAAAAUAACAUCCUCGAUUCCCCUAGGAGGGAGACUGGCAGAGUCAUGAGCUAGAUCAUAAAUGUGACUGUUUUCUAAAGAAAAAAUAUGGAAAAUGUUGGAAAAUGUUCAUUCUAAAAAAUUCUGAAUGUUACUUUGAUAAUAUGGAUAUAGAAAUGACUAAACAAUUAAAAUGCGAGUGGGAAAUUA